AUGGAAACGACCGAACAGCAGCCAAAUGGCCAGGGCAUGCCCCCGUCCCCGGACGACGUUAUCGACGAGCUCGCGAAGCUCGUGUCCCCAUCGUACCUCUUCCAGGACGUCUCAGCUCUGCAGAUCCGGGCUACGGCCCUCAUCGGUCGCCUCAAGUCUCUGAAUCGCGCAGCGAACAAUGCCACUCGCGCCCACAAGGAGGCCACCGCAGCAGCGAGGCUGGAGAUGGAUCAGUCGCAUCUUGGCCUGCAGAAUCUCCAGUACGAGAAGAGGCAUUUAGAGCGCGAGAUAGAGAAGUGCCGACAAUUCGCGUCUAUCUACCAAGACAUCCCGUUAUAUAGCCUCGAGGAAUUCAAGAGUCUCGCUCCGCCGGAAGCACAAACAGAUGACCAGCAUCAGCUCAUGCUCAAUCGUCUAGCCUUUGAACUUGCGGAACGCCAGAGGCUCGAUACGAAAAAGAAGGAGCUUUUACAACAAAAGGAACACCUGCUUAAGCAAAGCAAGACACAGGUUUCCACGAUGGAUAACGUCAAAGCGCAGAUUGACGCCCUUGUCAAGACGGCUGCCGAGAUUCAGAAGAAGGUAGACGAACUUGUCAAGCCGUUACCAGAGGAUACCAAGGCCAACCCAUCGAGUUGA